UUUCCUCGGAGCCAAAAUCUCGCACAAAACCGCGUGAUCUCCAAAUCCCGUUCCUCUUUCGUCUCUCCUCCAAGAUGCCAACCAAGAAGACCAAGACCAGGAAGCUCCGAGGCCACGUCAGCCACGGCCACGGCCGCAUCGGUAAACACAGGAAGCAUCCUGGAGGUCGUGGUAAUGCUGGAGGAAUGCAUCACCACAGAAUCAACUUCGAUAAAUACCACCCGGGGUACUUUGGUAAGGUGGGUAUGAGACAUUACCACCUGAAGAGGAACACCACCCACUGCCCCACCAUCAACCUGGACAAGCUGUGGACGCUGGUGAGCGAACAGACCAGACAGAACUACAGCAAGAAGCCCGACGGCCCGGCGCCCAUCAUCGACGCCGUCCGCUCUGGCUACUACAAAGUUCUGGGAAAAGGCAAACUGCCGAAGCAGCCGGUGAUCGUGAAGGCCAAGUUCUUCAGCCGGAGAGCCGAGGAGAAGAUCAAGGCGGUGGGCGGAGCCUGUGUUCUCAUGGCUUAAUGUUCUGUGUUCUCAUGGCUUAAUGUUCCUCAGAGUUUUCUACACAAAUAAACUGUCAAUGGAACCGUC